AUGGGAGUCCCCGAAGUCCAGAACCCCACUUUUCAGCCCCAAUUAGCCACUGAGAAGCGUAAAAGAAAAAGAGUCAAAAGAACUUCAGAAUCAACUGAAGUAGAAAGUCCUUUAGUUGUUCCAACUAUAUCUAAAGUAGUUGAUCUAUCUAGUACGACAGAAGAUUAUCAUAUCUAUACUGAAUUCCUUAAUCAAAGACUGAAUGGUGAGCGCGUAUCAUCUAUCAACUUUUUUAAAUAA